UUUAGUACUGGAUAAAAUUUUCUCUUACAGAAUAUUUAUUCGUGAUGUGGUUGAACUCAAACUUUGGAAUUGCACAGUUAGUUGGAGGAAUAUUAAUAAGAAUUUAUUCAUAAACUUGUCUUUUCCCUUCAACUAGUUUAAAUAAAUAGCAGUCUCCAUCCGUUGGAUAAGCACAUUCUUUCGAAGGAAGUAUCAAAAGCUGGGUACUUGUCAAGUUCAAAAUGCAUCUCAAUCCCAAAUUUCCUUUGUUCGUUUUUGCUGUUUUUCUACAUUUGAUUAAAUCAGGAUGCUCGUUCGAAACCACUUUAAACACGCACAAGGAACUCCGUCGUUGGAAGUUUCAUGGAAAUUAUACUUACGCGAAUUCCAGCUCGGAAAUUCGGCACCUCGCCCCUCAGGUUCUGUUACAAGCUACCCCCACUACUUCUUCGGGUGAGAGCGGUGUCACAGUUUCAGGGGAAUUCGAGAGGGAGGGGAUUUGGCUUAUCAAACACGAGUCUGAUGGAAGCAACAAGUGGAACAUGUCCUACUCCAUGAGUCACUUGCUCAUUGCUCAAGCCUGGGUCACCCUUUUGGCUCACCCGAAUGUCGAGGUCAUCUUUAAGUCCAGUGGAGAUCAAGUGGUUGGGCGUUUCUGGUCGGAUGGGAAAUCAUGGUGCGAUGCAAUUUUUAAUAUGGGACUUCGUAACACGUUUACGGCAGAAAUAAGCACACCGGAAGUGGGGGACUAUGCUCUAAUUGACAAAGUUGUUCUGGGAAUCAUGAGCAACAUUACAACAUCGAAGAAGCGAAGGAUUAACAAUCCAUGUCUGACCACACCCCUCACAGCGGCCACUACAAACAUGACCGAUGUCGAGACCGAUGAUGAUAACGAAUUGAGACGACGAGGGCCUACGACGACUGAAAGAGCGAUAGAACUGAACAAUACGGAGGUUACCACCACCACCACUCCUCUUCCUUCGUCACCGUUAAAGCAGGCAUCUGGAACCUCCUCCAGAAGAACGUAUCAAGAACGAGGAGGUGCUAAAUGCGAUUGUGUUUGUACCUGUGCAAAACCAAAUUCCACUUUGACAACCACUACAACAACUCCGUUACCGAUGAGAAUUUAGAAAAAAUGCUAAAAUUUAAUGAAUGUGUUUACAAGUAAUAAUUUAUCCGAAGGAACUACAAGGUUUUUUGAGAUAUUGAUUGUACUGGAAUAGCGUUUAUUUACGUUCUAGUAGUUUACUUACGUAGGGUAUAGCCUGGCUCUUUCUCUUACAAAUUCUAUUCUAAAAUUAAAUACUCGCAAGGUCCUUUAUUGUGAGCAACUAUAUACUGAACAUAACAUUUAGUAAUAUAUGAUAAUAAUAAUAUUUAAUAAUAAUAAUAUAAUAAGCAUCAUAUAGUAAUUAUAUCUCAUAAACAAUUUAUAUUAUUUGUCUAAUGGAUACAAACAGGGUUGAAAAAGUGCAAAUAUGGAAAAUCAGUAAUAGGUUUCUUACAGCAGGGUACAUUUGCUUCCCGACUUCGGCUUUUUCUGUUUCGUCGCAGGAGAAAUCUUGUUAAUUUGUUGCACUAAGUCGUAAAAUAUCUAUAAAAAUAGGUACACAAAAAAUUAAUUAAAUUAGCAAGUGUCUAUCAAGA